CUUGAUUGAAUUUUUUUACAGGUUUAUAUUUUAUUAAAUAAUGACUUACCCUGAUAGAAAUAGAACAAAGAAAUUAGAUUUUGUAGACACUCAAAAGCUUUCUUCUACGUUUGUUCUUUUAUGGUACAAGGAUUGUGAAAAAGAUGAGCGGCAUACCUCUCCCAUAUCACUUUCAAAUACACUUUUUAAGCAUUAUUCAUCCGUUGAAUGCCUUGAAUUUCAAGUGAAAAAUGUAGUGCAUGUUUCUAUUGCAAAUAUACAACACGCAGCUGUCAUCAUCUAUAAGGGGUCUAUUACCCAAUGCUGUAAAUUUGAAACAUUGCUAGAUAACUUCAUGGACGAUUUUGGUGAUGAAAAUCCUAGCACUGAUGAAGUAAGCAAGUUUGCCCUCAAUUAUAUUGAAGGCAAUACUGACGGAAAAAGAAAACAUUCUGAUGGAGACCAAUCCUCAGAUUCAGAGAAUAUUGCACCGGUCUCAGAACAUACAGGCCUAAACGGACCUAAAUAUAAAUCGACUCCUAAAUCAAAGGUGCUGAAAAAAAAACAUGUAAAUGAAGUGUUGAAUGAAAAUUCAGAAUCAGAGUCCUUUGCAUCAUUUUAUAACAGUCAAAAAGGAUCUAAAAAAAGUGAAGCACAGAUUAUGGCUUUGGAAAAGCGGAAGCUUGACAUGCUACUUGACAAUGUUGAUGCUCCCAGAGCAUUGAUGCUUCCAAUAAUUAGUGAUGUUCCUAAAACAAAACACUGUGGUUCACCGAAGUUAAGCAAACUAUCUUGUUUAGAAGCAAUUUUGAUUGAAUAAAAGAAACUUUUUUUUGAACGAAAGAAGACCAACAAACUGUUGUCUGAAAUUUUGCGCCCAAUAGAAAAAGAAUCUGUAAAUAAUGAUAAUGCCGUGUAUACUGGUUUUGAUGCCGAAUUUAAAUUGCACGACAUUCAAAAACGAGAACCAUGUAGCUUUGCAAGAAAAUUUAUUUUGUUGCGAUUCGGAAAGGAGUUUACUUGCACGCGUAUUUGUGAACCAAACGGACCUACUGCACGCAUUCAUAUGGAGAAUGAAGAAAUUCAGGAAGUUAAAGGUGCACUUGACAAAGUGUUUACGUCUUACAACUGGCGUGUUGUUCGGGCGAGUAUUAAUCAAUUUUUCCGAGACAAUAAAAGUAGUACAAAAGUUUGAAGACUAAACAAAUGAGUGACAUUUUUCUUGUGGUGUGGGGUUGUCAGCGUUUUUCGCUUAUCCCCCCCCCCCCCCCAUUCUAUCUGUAAUGUGUUUUGUAUGUUUUGUGUGUUAAAUAAAUACACCAUCUUAUUUAUUCUAAA